AUGGCGCCAGCACCCGAGGCAAGGGUGCAUUUCCAAGUAAAGUGGUUCAUUAAAGAGUCAAGUAACCUCUAUCAGAUAUUUUCCAUCCUCAUUGCCACUGCUUGAGCAGUUUACCACAAGUUCUUGUGAGAGAUCAACCUGGAUGCCUAUGACCCAUACCUGGUUGCCAUGUCUUCCAUUUACUUGGCUGGCAAAAUAGAGGAGAACACCUGUGCUAUCAUUGCAGUGUUUUUCAAGUACUUUAACCUGAGCAGCAACCCUUUGGAGCUGGACUCUCACUUCUGGGAGCUCCGAGACAACAUCAUGCAGUCUGAAUUCCUCAUGCUGAGACUUCCGCGAUUCCAGGGCUUUUUCCAGCAUCCACACAAGUUCCUGCUCCAUUACCUGAUUUCCCUCAAGAACUGACUGAAUUGUUACAGCUGACAGUGAACGCCCAUCUCUGUCACAGCCUGGAGCCUGCUUGUUGAUUAUUGGGUGCUGUGCCUCCAGUUUCAAGCUCAGCACCUAACUGGUUGGUGCAGGUUUUUGGGGUCUGGUGACUGCUGA